CACACUAGCAUGUCUGUCAGAGCGAACGAUUUUAGACGGCGUGCGGUGGUGCGGUAUUACAUGGUGAUGUUACUCUUCGUACUUGCUACCUCCAUCCCAGGGCACGAUAGGACAUCCGUGGUGAAUGCAUCUAUCGACAGUUCGACAUCUCCACAGGUGUCGACAGGCAAUAGUACCAGCUACCGACAUCAACGCAUCGAUAAGCCCAAUAAUCUCAACGGUAACAAGACCACUCCAACGCUUCCAACGCUGACAGCUGCUAUAGCGGCGUCUCCAGUGUACGGAAACCUAGUGAAUCGUGCUUCGCGCAAUGUCGUUGGACAAACUGUGCAAGGGUGUGAAUAUGCCGGUGCGAAUGCCAGUGUAAAAACUGGGACCAGUGGAUCGAGCGAUGAUACGCAGGGGAACUUCAUCAAGUUCGCCAUACUUCUGCCAGCCAAAUCGAACAACCCGCGAGACGUUCGCAUCCUGUCCACCGUGCUGCCUGUGAUCGAGAUGGCCAAACGGAAUGUGACAGCACCGGGUGGUUUACUGCAGAAUCUGCGCAUCGAAAUUGACCAUCGCGAUACGCAGUGUUCGUCCACGUACGGUGCUCUCGGGGCGUUUGAUAUCUUUCUAAAGCGUAAACCAGACGUGUUUUUUGGUCCGAUAUGUGAUUACGUGAUAGCACCGAUCGCCCGCUACAGCUCCGUCUGGAGCAUCCCACUGAUAACGUCCGGUGGGCUUACCGAGGCAUUUACGCUCAAAGCACCGAACUAUCCGACGCUGACGCGCAUGAUGGGCAACUACCACGCGUUCGGGUUGAUGAUGCGCGAGAUGCACCGGCACUACAACUGGACGAUCCAGGCGUACCUGUACCACGAGUGGGAUGAGAAGGCUGGCCUCGGUUUUACCGACUGCUCGAUGGCGAUCACCUCGAUUAAUCGUGCGAUCGGCGGCAACGAAACAUCGUCCGGGACCUUCGACGAGGAGAAGGCCCAGUAUGCCGAUUACCUUCGGUUGCUGCGACAGAUUGAGAAGCGCGCAAGAAUUGUCAUCAUGUGCGCCAGUCCCUCGGCGAUCCGGGAAAUUAUGCUAGCGGCCGCCGAACUCAACAUGGUCAACAGUGGCGAGUACGUGUUUUUCAACAUUGAAAUAUUUGGAAGCAUGACGGCAACGAAACAACCGCCCUGGUACUCCAAGAACGAUACCGACGAGCGCAACCAGAAAGCGAAGGAAGCGUACACCGCCCUGCUACAGGUGGUUGCCCGCGAACCCGAGGAUGAAGAAUACCGCCAGUUUUCUGAGGAGUUGAAGGAACUGACCAGGACAAAGUAUAACUACACGUACGGGGAGGAUGAAGUCGUUUCAACGUUCGUGACGGCAUUCUACGAUGCGGUGUUGCUGUAUGCGUAUGCUCUGAAUGACAGCAUUGCGCUACUGGGGGAACAGCAGGCCCUCCGACAACCCAUCAACGGUACGCACCUGGCCCAGCUGAUGUGGGGCCGUAGCUUUAAGGGUAUUACCGGCAACGUGACGAUAGACUCGAACGGUGACCGGAUAUCGAACUAUUCCCUGUUGGAUCUCAACCCGGACACGGGACUGUUUGAGGUCGUAGCGAACUAUUACUAUGGAGGAGGACUUCAGUUCGUCGAGGGUAAAGCUAUUCACUGGGCAGGCGAUCGCACGAAGGCACCUCCAGAUCGACCAACCUGCGGAUUCGACGGAUCACUGUGUCCAGACAAUUCCCUGCCAGGCUACGCCAUCCUAUCCCUUGUACUUGGUGUGUGUGUUGUUUGCAUGGGCAUCGCGUCGAUCGUUGGCUAUCGGCACUACAAGCUUGAGGCCGAAAUCAACUCCAUGACGUGGAAGGUAAACCCGAACGAUGUGCUAUCCUGCAAUCCUAGCCGCGGCCAUCGGGGCAGCUUCCAUUCGAUGGUGAAGCGAGGCAGUCAAGCUACGAUCUACUCCGAGGAUCUCAACUCGUUGCCGGGCGAUCGACAGAUUUACAUCCACUUCGGGUUCUACAAGGGCUGUAAGGUGGCGAUCAAGAAGAUCAACGUACAAAACCUCAGCCUCAAUCGGUCGCUAAUGCUUGAGUUUAAGCGCAUGAAGGACAUUCAGCACGAUCAUCUGGUGCGGUUUUACGGUGCCUGUUUGGAUCUGCAUCCGGAACCGUUCAUACUGACCGAGUACUGCCCGAAAGGAUCGCUGCAGGAUAUACUCGAGAAUGAAACGAUCAAGCUGGAUUGGAUGUUUAAGAUCUCACUAAUGCACGACAUUGUCAAGGGGAUGGCGUUUCUGCAUUCGACCGAUCUACACUCGCACGGUUCACUAAAGUCGUCCAACUGUGUCGUCGAUUCGAGGUUCGUGCUGAAGGUGACGGACUUUGGGCUGCAUCAGCUGCGCCGUAGCACGGAAGACGCCGACAUUGAGAGUUACGCUUACUGGCAGAAGCUUCUCUGGACUGCUCCAGAGCUUCUGAGGGAUCCCCAGUGUCCACCGGCGGGCAGCCAGAAGGGUGAUGUUUACUCGUUCGGUAUCAUCAUCCAGGAGAUCGUAUCACGCCAAGGUCCAUUCUACCUCGGCACAGAGGAAAAAUCUCCCAAAGAAAUUAUCAAACUAGUCAGAGACGGGCCGGGACUGAUGGAUCAUCCCUUCCGGCCAAAGGUAGACGAAUCGUCGUACGAGGACGUAAACAACAUAAUGGUUAAAUGCUGGACCGAAGAUCCGGCAGACCGGCCCGACUUUAGUGGGUUGAAAACGAUCAUCAGAAAAAUUAACAAAGAAAAUGAAUCUGGUAACAUAUUAGAUAAUUUAUUGCAACGCAUGGAGCAGUAUGCGAACAAUCUGGAAGCCCUGGUGGACGAGCGAACGCAGGAUUACUUCGAGGAGAAGCGCAAAUGCGAAGAACUGUUGUACCAACUGUUGCCCAAAUCCGUAGCGGCACAGCUGAUCAUGGGCAAAUCUGUGAUAGCGGAAACGUAUGAUCAAGUAACUAUUUAUUUUAGCGAUAUUGUCGGCUUCACCUCGAUUUCGGCCCAAAGCACCCCGAUGCAGGUCGUCGAUCUGCUGAACGAUCUCUACACCUGCUUCGACUCGAUCGUCGAAAACUUCGACGUGUACAAGGUUGAAACAAUCGGUGACGCGUACAUGGUUGUGUCGGGGCUUCCGGUGCGUAACGGUAAUCUGCACGCGCGCGAAAUUUCCCGCAUGGCACUCCGGCUGCUGGCGGCCGUCUACAAGUUCACCAUACGCCACCGGCCCAACGAGCAGCUACGGUUGCGAAUAGGACUACACAGCGGACCAUGCGUAGCCGGCGUCGUCGGCUUGAAGAUGCCACGGUACUGCCUGUUCGGUGACACAGUCAACACCGCCAGCCGAAUGGAAUCGAACGGUGAAGCGCUCAAGAUACACGUUAGCCACACCACCAAAAUGCUGCUCGACACGUUCGGCACCUUCGACCUGACCGAGCGAGGUCUCGUACCGAUGAAGGGCAAGGGCGAGAUGCUUACCUACUGGCUGAACGGAGAGCGGUCCGAGCCCUUGACACCCCUACCAAACGGCCUAAAAGGACCAACGAUCACCACCAACCGGCAGCUGCUUGCCACCGACAGUGUCCUCCCAUCCACCAUUGAUCCUUCGUCACCCCAGUUACUGCCAUCAACCAUCAACCAGAACAAUGGGUCCGCCAUCGUUGCCGGUUCGCCACCGCCACCACCAACCGGUAUCCUUAUCAACCAUCACAACAACAACAACAACAAUAACAACAACUCCCCCUGUAGCCUCAACAACAACUCGCCCAACAGCUGCCAUAAUCCGACACCACCGAAAAAGCUCAACAGUGUGUCGUACAGCUUCAUGAAAGCGUCUGGUUCCGCGGGCAGCAACAGCAAUGGAGCGAACGCGACGAAAGCUUCCACCCUGUCCAAACCAAAGCUUCCGGAGGUGGAAGCGUUACGUGGGGCAAGCGUUACCAAACCGUUACUUACCUGA